GUUGGUCGCGGAGCCAGUAGUAAAGUCUUUAAAGUCUUGUGCGAAACACAGCCCAACCAAACCACAGUGUAUGCAUUGAAAAAAGUCAAGUUGAGGGGUCAAGAUCCAAGUGUAGUGGAUGGGUACAUUAAUGAGAUAUCUUUAUUGAAAAAACUUGCGCAUCAUGAACGAAUCAUUCGGUUGGUGGAUGCAGAGAUUAAUAUGCAAAGUGGAGUCAUGCUAAUGGUAUUGGAGUAUGGGGAGAUUGAUCUGGCACACUUGUUAAAAAAAAGCGAAGGUGCUCCACUGAGUAUCAAUUUUAUUCGAAACUACUGGGAGCAGAUGCUGCAAGCAGUACAGGCUAUCCACGAUCAAAAUAUUAUUCAUUCAGAUCUCAAACCUGCUAACUUUUUGAUGGUGGAAGGAUGCUUGAAAUUGAUUGAUUUUGGGAUUGCCAAGACCAUACCAAACGACACGACCAAUAUCCAGCGCGAUCAUCAGACCGGGACAGCCAAUUAUAUGGCACCCGAGGCGAUUGUGUUUGUAGAGAGCAAUGGUGUGCGUGAGGGCUACGUAAAAUUGGGAAGAGCAUCGGAUGUAUGGUCACUUGGAUGCAUACUAUAUCAGUUUGUAUAUGGUCAUCCACCGUUUGGACACAUGUCAUUGAUACAAAAGCUCCAUUCGAUUGUAGAUCCAAGACACAAAAUUAUAUACCCACCAACUGAGGAUACAAUGCUUCCACUUAUUAUCCAAAGCUGUUUGCAACGAAACCCGAAAUUAAGAUUGACGAUCCAAGAGUUGCUUGAUCAUGAAUUU